CAACAGAAUCAUAUCACCAACAAGAAGAAAAGCAAAGGGAAAAAGAACUUAAUCAUGGCUCCGUUAACGUUGGUGUCCUCCAUCGUCCUCCUACUAUGCUCCGCCGCCACCGCCGCCGCAUCAACCUUCAAGGACUCCAACCCCAUCCUGAUGGUAUCCGACGGUCUCCUCGGCUUCGAGUCCACCGUUCUUCGUGUCAUCGGUCGUAGUCGCCAUGCUAUCUCCUUCGCCCGUUUUGCUUACAAGCAUGGGAGGAGGUACGAAAACGUGGAGGAGAUGAAGCUACGGUUUCAGAUUUUUAAAGACAAUUACGAUUUAAUCAGAUCAACUAACAGCAAGGGAUUGCCUUACACUCUUGCUGUCAACCAGUUUGCGGAUUGGACAUGGGAAGAGUUUCAGAAACACAGACUGGGAGCUGCUCAAAACUGCUCUGCCACCACCAAGGGCGAUCAUCAGCUGACUAGCGUCGUCCUCCCCGAAUCGAAAGACUGGAGGGAAGCCGGCAUAGUCAGCCCUGUAAAAGACCAAGGUUCUUGUGGAUCUUGCUGGACAUUCAGUACAACCGGAGCUCUCGAGGCAGCUUACCAUCAAGCAUUCGGGAAAUCGAUUUCUCUGUCCGAGCAGCAGCUCGUGGACUGUGCAGGAGCUUUUAAUAACUUCGGCUGCAACGGUGGAUUGCCGUCCCAAGCCUUCGAAUACAUCAAAUACAACGGUGGCCUCGACACCGAGGAGUCGUACCCUUACACUGCUAGGAAUGGUCUAUGCAAAUACUCUCCUCAAAAUGUUGGUGUUAAGGUCAUUGAGUCUGUCAACAUCACCCUGGGUUCUGAAGAUGAAUUAAAGCAUGCAGUCGCCAUGAUCCGACCAGUUAGUGUGGCAUUCGAAGUCGUCACGAGUUUCCGUUUCUACAAAAGCGGAGUUUAUACCAGCAACACAUGUGGUAGCACAUCCAUGGAUGUGAACCACGCCGUCCUUGCGGUCGGAUACGGAGUUGAAAACGGCGUUCCUUAUUGGCUCAUUAAGAACUCGUGGGGCGCAGAAUGGGGUAACAAUGGCUACUUCAAGAUGGAGAUGGGCAAGAACAUGUGUGGUGUAGCAACUUGUGCAUCGUACCCGGUUGUUGCUUGAUCCGAUCGAUUAAACAGCCUCAGAUCAGGUCGUUACUUGGACGUUGAGUUGUAGUCGGUGUUCAGGGUCACGGUCUAGUUGAAACAGAUGGGUUCAUGUACAAUAAAGUUCAAAGAUAUACGUAUGUAGGAUGCAAUAUUUGUACACAAGAAAGACAUGGUGUAAAUUCUCUCUGUUUGAACGCUUGUUGUGUAAUAGUUUGCCCAACAAUGGAAAUCAAUUGGAGUUUU